AUGUUUGCGCCCACCUCCGUUAUGCGCUUCAUGCGCGACCGCGCAGCUACGCGCUGCACACGGUUUCACCCUAUAUUCCGAUUGCCGCCGAAACCUUCCGCUCGGCGGAGCCACAGCACCACUGCGGCUGAUGCAGCAGCAAAGACAAAACUGACUUCUCCUGGUGCUCCUCUCAGCCAUGUCUUCGAGCCCCUCACCACAUCCGGAGCAGCCUCCUCCUCCUCAUCGGUGUCACCCUCAGCCAUCGUCCUUCACACAUCCUACGCGUCGUUUCCAGCCGCCAACGAGGUGGGGCAUGACGUGAGCCGCAGCAGUGGCGCGGGCGCAGGCGAUGGGUUUACUACGGCUGACCACUUUACCACAACACCAUCGUACACCGUGACGGACGUUGCUGCUUUCGAGCAGCUCAUUGCGGAGGCGCUGCGUCUCUCUCAGGUGACACUGGAGGUGGCCGCGACAGCAGACUCGCCACCUGCGCUCUCACCAUUUUCUCCGGUCUCAGCGGCGUCUGCUCCUCAGGGAGGUGCUCGCCAGGCCUCCUCCACACUCAUUGCGGACCACACGGUCCGAGAGCUGCAGGUUCUCCUCGCUGAGGCGGAGCGCACUCUCUCCCCCUCCCUGGCACGCAAGGCCACGAUCGACAAGUUCGUCUACGGUGUGUAUCUGCCGUUUCUCCGGUAUGGCGCCUUCGUGAUUCUCGUCACCCAGCUCGUCGUGUACUUCCACUGGAUCUUCUUCGUGUUUGACUGGAAUUUGGUGGAGCCGACCACGUACUUUCUUUCCUACACGGGCGUCUUCUGUAGUUUGGUGUACCACUACCACCGCUGCGGCGAGGACGGGUUUACCUGGAGGAACACAUUUCAGCACCUCGCCAAUCGCAAAGCGGAAAAGACGUACGCGAAACAGCAACUGGACGUGGCUGGCAUGGCACAGCUUCAGCGGCGCAUUGCGCUGAUUAAAAGAGAACUGGCUCGCAUGUCUGUUUAG